AUGCCGGAGCUCGAUUGGGAGCCAGCGUUGACUGUGGAGUGGGCAGCAGGCUUUGAAAGUUGGCUUCUGCAAUUCAUUUGGGAAAUAUGCAACGACGAUAGUGACGACGAGGUCAGGGAGGUGGACAAGAAACCUAUCUCCAUUUACCUAAGGUACCUCACAGAGCCUGCCUCCUUCGUUUUGUACCUUCCUUACACGCCAUCAACUUGUGGCGGCCUGAAAGAGACGGCUACCUGCAGCAGACAAUCCCACGUACCCCCCGCCCACAACUAUUUCAUCAAUGCACCCUCUGAUCAUGAGUGUCGUGUCGUAUGGUUCUCGACUCGCCCAAGUGUCCAACGGCAUAUCACUUCCGUGAAAAGAGGGGGGCGACUGGCAUGUUAUGUUCAUCAUCACCCUGGGGCUGGUAUAUUUCACAAUCUCGUUUCGGGUUCUCGGAGAGAUAAUAAAGGAAAUUGUGGUGUACGUAGGCGGGUGACACCUCUUCACGUAUUCGGGUCGUCUUGUGAGAGGUUCCUGGUUCGAGCUCGGGUGACUUUGGCGCACCAGUCGACCCGCAGUCCUGCUAUUCUGGACGAGGCUCAAACGAACAAGGGCGAUAUGCCAGAAAAGCUCACCCCCGGAGUCUCGGGAUGGAUGAGUGGUCUAACAUACUCGACAAUACAGCCGCUGUGAUGAGAUGUCUCUAUUUGGUGGUGACAUGGCCCACGUCUCCAUCCAAGACGGGCUGCAACUUGGUUCCUGUCGUUGCACAUACACCCCGAUCGGUCAGAUAGCAGAAAACUUAGGCGCCAAACAAAUUGUUUACAUCUGAGCAGAAGCGGUGAGAGAGAAACUGGCUGUCCUCCCCUCUCUCGUCUUGGCUGAUGGCUGAUCUGAUACCUCCAUCCCUCCGUCAUCAACGCUGACAAACUCUCCGUAGCUUGCUCACCGGUGUUAGGGCCAUGUCGACCAAUCGGUCUAUAUGGACUAACAAUGUUUUCGCCCGGGUGUGUAAAUGAGAAACUUGGUUCCCGACUACUAUAUAAGAGAAGGAAGGAGCCUAGUCCAGCCACAUCUUCCUUCUAUCCGCCAGGGCGUUAAUUAUCUCGAAUCAUUUUACGUAUUGUCAAUUUAUUGUCCCUACAUAUAUCAUCCAGGCAUCACGCUACCCAACAAGUCCAUCUGCUCUAAAUCCAUACCUCAGAAGUCUUCCGUCCCCCAGGUGCUUCCUGACAGACACGGUCUUGGUUUUCG